AACAGGAACACCUUUAUUGCCGACAGCCGGUCCCCUUGCGCAGUCUUUUCCUUUGAGCGACACAGGACAGUGACACAUGCUUGCUCGCUUAGCUCGACGUCCGGUCCUGCUCUCUGCUCUGACACACCACCUACCCCGACCAGUCGGAAAGAGCUUCAGAAUGGCCUCGCCUGCCCGACGCAACCAGAACCGCACCGACCUGCUCAACCCCACAACGGACCCUUACCCCACCGUCCAUGCGCUGGGGACGGGCGCCCUCUACGGGCCCCCGCAACCAGAGCACAUUGUCCUCAUCCUGGGUGUAGGUCCUGGUCUGGGGCUGGCGAUCGCACAGACGUUCGCCUCGUACGGCUACACGACGGCGAUCAUGUCGAGGACAAAGAGUCGGCUGGAUGCAUGGGCCGUGGAGUUAGACAAGGUGGCCCGCGCUGCUCGAGGUACGUCGUCGACGGCAAAGGAGCAACCUCUCUCGCUAGGUUUCGCCUGCGAUGUGCUCGACAAUGGCAGCAUCGAGCGUGCCAUCGGUGAGGCACAAGCAGCCUGGCCGGACAAGAAGAUCGGGACGGCCAUCUACAAUGCAAGUGUCCGCAAGAGGAAGCCCUUCUUGGAGCUGCCAAUGGACGCCAUGAAGGACUCGGUACAAGCCAGCAUCUUCGCUGGCUUCACCUUCCUGCAGACGAUCAUCCGCUCCAUGAAGGAGCGCAACGGCACGGAGGGAGGCAAUGUCCUUGUAACUGGCGCCACGAGCAGCAUCAGAGGCCGGGAGCAAUUUGCAGCUUUUGCAGCCAGCAAGGGCGGCCUCCGACAAAUGUGUCAGUCCGUCGCUCGCGAGUAUGGCCGCGAGGGCAUCCACGUCGCUCACGUCGUGGUCGAUGGUCUCAUUGAGUCAGACGAGGCCAAGAGCUUUUUUGGCUUCAAAGACAAUCAGCGCUUCCGCGAUGGAACCACGCUGCGUCCUGACGAGAUUGCCAAGAACUACCUCUUCCUUGCUCUUCAGUCGCCUUCGACGUGGACCUUUGAGCUGGACCUUCGACCAGCCAAGGAGCACUUCUGACCUGCUGCUGUUCAAGCUGGCUUUCCCAAAGAUUCAACGAAGAUCAAUGUCCAUCUUUCACACAUCAGGGCUUCCUCAAUUGAACAGUGCUACCCUGAUCGAACGCGCAGGCCUGAUUGCGGAAUGCCCACAACCCCCGAGCUCUGAGCACAGUGGCGGACGCUGUUCGGAACUCUGCAUAGGAUCAUACGUAGGCCGAGUCCCGUCGAAAUAUCUCGACAAGGCAAAUGAGAG